CUCUCCCAUCAUGAAGGCGUUUUUUGCACUCUUUGCGACCGCUUUUGUAGCCGGAAUCAGGGCUUCUAAUGUUCUUGAGCUAAACCCUGGAAAUUUUGAUGACGUUGUCGGUGUCGGAAAGCCUGGUCUUGUUGAAUUCUUUGCUCCCUGGUGCGGACACUGCAAGAAUCUUGCGCCUGUAUACGAGCAACUCGCAGAUGCAUUUUCGCAUGUCAAAGAUAAAGUCUACAUUGCCAAAGUAGAUGCCGAUGGUGAAGGCAAGCCACUGGGCCAAAAGUAUGGUGUUACUGGUUUUCCAACGUUGAAGUGGUUCGACGCCGAUGGUACAGAGGAGGCUUAUUCGGGUGGACGCGAUCUCGACAGUUUGGCCGCAUUUAUCUCCGGAAAGGCAGGUGUCAAGUCGAAUAUUAAGCCGCCCCCGCCGCCGUCAUACCCCAUUCUGGAUAUUUCAACGUUUGAUGAAGUUGUUAUGGAUCCCACUAAAGACGUCCUCGUGGCAUUCACUGCGCCGUGGUGUGGUCACUGCAAAAAUAUGAAGCCGGCAUAUGAGAAAGUUGCAACCACCUUCCUGCCGGAAAGCAAUUGCAUUAUCGCCAACGUUGAUGGUGAUGACAAGAAAAACAGUGACUUGGCUAAGAAAUAUGAAGUCACAAGCUUUCCGACGAUCCUGUUUUUCUCCAAGGAUAACAAGGAGGGUAUCAGUUACGAGGGUGGUCGCUCCGAAGUCGACUUUGUCAACUUCUUGAAUGAGAAAUGUGGCACACACCGUGCAGUCGGAGGAGGUUUGACCGGCAAUGCUGGGCGUCUCGCUGACUUUGACGCUCUAGCUAGCAAAUUCUUCACCGCCGCUGACGACGCGAAGAAUGCGCUUGUUGAGCAAGCGAAGGCUCUCUUAGUCUCCAAUGCGAAUGAAUCUGCCCAGUACUAUUUCCGGGUUAUGGAAAAGCAAGUCAAUGGACCUGCUGGGUACCUUGAGAAAGAGCUGGAUCGGCUGGAGUCGUUGCUGAAAAAGCGGAGCCUUUCGCCAUCCAAACUCGACGAAAUAAAAAUCAAAACGAAUAUUUUGCGUGCCUUUGGAGAGAGCCCAAAGGAGGAGACGAUUGGUCGAGAGGAAGCUGAGCUAUAGACGUCAGAUCA